AUGGCGGGUCCGAAGGAAGUGUCUCCGCGGUCCAUUCCGUCCGUUUCCAAUGGUCCCAAAUCAUUCACCUUGGUGUCCCAAAAGCACGUGAUGAAUCGACUGGCUACGGCCCUCAACGAACUUCGAUCGAACGUCCAGGAAAAUGCGUACCUCAUCGACCAGAGCGAGCGGGAAAUCGACCAAUUGGCGCAGGACGCGGAGCGGGAAUUCGCGGACAAUCGGAAUGUCAAAAAUCGGUACGAUUUUUACCGCAAUCAAACCAAAUUCUUCCGCCGCCUGAGCGGAUUUUUGACCGAAAAACGGGGUAUUUUGGACGACCUAACGAAACGCUGGGGGGAGUUUCAGGAGCAGUAUCAGAGUCACGUGCUCGCAGCCAAUCAGUGCUAUCUCCGCGACGAUCUGGCCUUUCUGACCGAACUCGACGCCAUCGAGUCGAUAACCGCGGGAAUCCCCUCCGCGGUGGAAAUGGGGAAACUGAGGGAGCGGACGGGGCCGUUCUUCGAAGGGGAGUUAUUCUAUGACGAGCGAAUCGCGCAGACGCGCAGUCAGCAGCGCUGCGUGUACAUCGACGGUCCCGCGGUUAUUCGGGAUUCGGUGCGGGAGGUGCAGAGCGACGACGUGACGAUGCACAUGAUAACCGCGGGGGUGGAUGUGUACCUGGACAACGCGAUUUUUGUGAAUUUCGACGAGCCGGGCGCCAGCCAAUGGGAAGCCUGCAUGGGUGCAAAAAUCGUGGAGUCGGUGCGGAGGGAAGCGAAGGGCGUUUUUUCCGCGGUAGAUCUGGAGAACAUGGAAGUGGGGAAGAUUCUGGAGCGUUUCGACGCCUGGCGAAGGGAGUUUCCUUCUGAUUAUGAGGACGCGUACGCGGCGCUGGCAGCCCCGGAUUUUCUGGUUCCCGCGGUUCUGCCGUCGCUGUUUUGGUUCGAUCCGUUGGGGGUGGAGGAGGGGGACGACAUACACCAGCCAAUAUGGAGAAACCGUGGAAACAGAGGGCGACUUCGAAAUAGAGUUCCCUGCGUCGCGACAAGGAGCUUCUCCCGCGAAUCGUCGAGAAAGCGGUGCUUCCCCAUUUCCACGUUUCUCCGGAGGCCGGGUCUGAUGCAGAGAAUCGUUGAGUUUUCGUGGAACCCGCUGUCGAUCCGCGAGGCCUCGGCGCUGCAGAGCGCGCUGCGGUCGCUGGCGGCGCUGUUCACGACGGUGACGGACGCGCUGCGGUCGAUUUAUGGGUGCGUGACGCGGCGGAUCCACGGCGCCAUCGAGAACGGACUGUACUGCGAACCCCGACUGGUGAGUCGACACACGAACGACGUGCAGAUCGACGCGCAGGAAGUGGUCGAGCUGUAUUUAGCGAGGAGUGUGCGUAUAUUGGAAGUGAUCAACGUGUUGGCUCCGUUUAUGGAGUUGGGAUCGCCUGCGCCGCUGAUGGACGAAUUGGUCGCGAAGGUGGGUCCCACGCUGCGAGGACUGCGGAAGACGAAGUGCUUGGAAGAGAGGAGCCGGAUGUUUGCGGUCAAGGUGAGGGAGGAGAGAGGAGAUGAGGCCAAGAUGAACUCGCUGGUGCCCGCGGAGGUGAUUCGAUCCAAGCAGAUGCUGAUGGAGUUUAUCGUUUUGAGUGUUUGUUGA